CGUGGGUGCGUCCUGUCUACACGCCACCAAUGCCUGCCCUCAUGAUCAUGACGACGCUCCCCGCGACCUCGUACCUGCACGGCGGCUUCCACCCGCUCGUGCGCGCGCCGCACUUCGCGCCAGCGCCGCUCUACUCCCUCUCCGACUUGAUGCUCGACCGCCGCCCAUCCUUCCACCGCCUCCUUUCGCGUCCGCCCGAGCACUGGUUCGAGGGCGUCGCCUCCUUGGCCGAGUCGCUACGCCACCACGCUCAAGCUCACUGGACCGAUCUCGGCGACGCGGUCGAGCUCAAGCUCGCCGUGCCGGCCAGCGGUGAGGUCGAGGUGAUUGCGCCGGACCCGGACGUCUCUGAGCUCCGGAUCAUGGCCACGGGAGGAGAUGAGCGUGGCGUCAAGUGGUCCAAGACCGUCGCGCUCGACCUGCCCUUCGACCUGAAAGACGUGAGUGACGUGAAGGCCAGCCGGGACGGCGGCGUGCUGACGCUCCUGGUCGCCAAGUCGGCCGCGGCGCCUCCGGAGCCUGAGCCUGAGCCGCCCGUCCCUGUCCGCAUCGAAGUCAAGGAGGCGCCGAAGGCGGCACCGGAGGCGGCGCCCGAAGACGGCACGGCGGCCGAGGCUGCCCGGCUCGCGAGGGCCAAGGAGGAGGAGCAAGCUCUCGAGGCCAAGUUUGGGUCGCUUCCCAAGAAGGAGGAGGAGCCGGCGGCCAAGCCUGAGGCCAAGCCUGAGGCGGACGCCGAUGCGAAGGAGGCGGCAGACAAGGCCAAAGAGAUCGAGGCGAAGGAGGCGGCAGACAAGGCCAAGGAGAUCGAGGCAAAGGAGGCCGCAGACAAGGCCAAGGAGAUCGAGGCGAAGGAGGCGGCAGACAAGGCCAAGGAGAUCGAGGCGCUGGAGGCGAAGCUGGCGCAGCUCAAGGGCUCGGCCUCGGCUGCCUGAGCCAGCACUCUUGGUGCGACAGAAGAACGCGGCUAGAGGGAGAGCAAGCGGAGAGAGGGGAAGAGGCGUUUCCCCUUGGGAUUGUGGGCCAUUUAGUAGGCAGCGUGCAGUAGAGGCGCAGGGCUCGAUGAGAGAAAAUAGAGUCACAGACAACGUCAGAGUACGACUUUAGUCAGUAGGGCAGUGCCAUUUCACUCUGACACGCUAAUCUUGAAAACGUCUCC